AUGGCGACGGUUGUGCCCAUUGGGGAUCCACUGUCACCGUACGGUUAUGGGCCUCCUUAUCCGCCGCAGGUGGCCGUCCUGGGCCUCAUCCCGACGGUCCGCGUUGAUGUGCCGCUCUGCAUCGUCCUCAUCGUCUUCUUCUUCGCCGGCGCCGCCGUCAACCUGGCCAUCUUCGUUCGCAACAAGGCCUGUGGCCACAAGUUCCUCUUCUCGAGCGUCCUCGUCGGCUUCUGCCUGACGCGCAUCAUCGCCCUCUCCUUGCGCAUCGCCUGGGCCACCCAGCCUUGGAACAUCAGGCUCAACAUCGCCGCCUCCAUCUUCGCCGCCGCCGGCGUCGUUUUCUUGUUCACCCUCAACCUCCUCUUAACCCAUCGCCUCAUCUGCGGCCUCCAUCCUAACAUUGGCUGGCUCCCUGCCGUCGGCUACUUCUUCCUCUUCUGCUACUUCCUUAUCCUCGUCUGCCUCAUCUCCGCCGUCACCGCCCUCACCGUUAGCUUCUACACCCUCGUGCCAAAACAGCUCCACGACUGCCGCCUCGUUCAGCUCUUCACCUCCACCACCUUGGCCCUCCUCGCGUUUCUCCCCAUCCCCAUCCUCCUCUGCGCCGCCUUCUACCCGGGCCUCCGCCGCCCAGAACCCUUCGGAUACGGCUCCCUCACCACCAAGCUUAUCAUCGUCCUCGCCACCGCCACCCUCCUCACUAUCGGCGCUGCCUACCGCUGCGCUGUGAACUACGCCGUGCGCCCCGUCUGGGCACCGGGGUGGUGGCAUCACAAGGCCUGCUACUACGUCUUCAACUACGACCUCGAGAUCGUCGUCAUCUUUGUUUACGCCCUCAUGCGCUUCGACCUCCGCUUCCACGUCCCCGACGGAGCCCGCAAGCCCGGUGACUACCUCAAGGGCCAGCACGCCUACAAGCGCGUCAGCAGCCUCGCCUUCCGCGCGAGCCUCGACGAGAGGCUCACGGUCGCCGUCGACAGCCGCAGACGACGCGCCUCGUCCCGCACGGAAUACUUCACGCCCAGCGGCAACCUGGCUCGCGGGGACUAUGUUCGAAGGAGCCACCUGCCUCGGACGGAAUACUUCUCGCCGACCAGCUACCUGACCGGUAGCGGGAGCUCGCUCCUCGCGGAGUAG